AUGGCCACCAACCGCCCCGGCAUCGCAUCCAUGUCCCUCGGCCGGCCAUGGCUACACGACCUCCCAGGCAAGCUAAUGCAAGCAGCCGCACACGGAUUCCAAGGGAUCGAGCUCUUUUUCGAUGAUCUGGACUGCUACGCCGUACGAACAUUCAGUGGCGACCACCUCGAAGCUGCGCGGCGAGUGCGCCUGAUGUGCGAGCGACUAGGACUGAGCAUCAUCUGCCUGCAGCCAUUUUCCUUGUACGAGGGCCUGCUCGACCGUGCACAGUCGGACCGACUCGUUACGGAUAAACUGCCGAAAUGGUUCCGGAUCGCGCGCGCGCUGGGUACAGAUCUUAUUCAGGUUCCGUCGAAUUUCCUCGGUCCGGAUCCGCAGACGGGAUUGCCGCGUACCACCGGCGAUCGAGGUGUUAUUGUGAGGGACUUGCAGCGUCUGGCGGAUUUGGGUGCUGGUGCGGGCUUUCGGUUUGUCUAUGAGGCUCUGUGCUUCGGUGACCAUGUCGACACGUGGGAGGCAUCAUGGGAGAUCGUGCGUGAUGUCGACAGACACAACUUCGGACUGUGUCUCGACUCAUUCAACCUCGCGGGCCGUGUCUACGCCGACCCGGCAUCACCGUCUGGCUGCACGCCCAACGCCGCGACAGACCUAGCCGCCUCACUGGCCCGUUUGAGGACAGCGAACAUCGACCCAGCGAAGAUCUUCUACGUCCAGCUCGUCGACGGCGAGCGCCUCGCCAACCCGCUGGACGAGACGCACCCAUUCCAUGUCCCGGGCCAGCCGGCGCGCAUGUCCUGGUCUCGGAAUGCGCGUCUCUUCCCCUUUGAAGAGCCCCGCGGCGGCUACCUGCCCAUCCUGGACGUCGCCCGCGUCUUCUUUGAGGACCUGGGUUUCCGUGGCUGGGUGUCGCUGGAGCUGUUUAAUCGCUCCCUCGCUGAUCCGGACCCGUUCGUCCCUGCUGACCAUGCUCGGCGUGGCAUGGAGUCUUAUCAGAAGAUGGCUCGCGUCUUGCACUGGGAGGAUCACCACCAGCAGCAGGAUGGAGCGCCUGCUUGGGAAGCUUCGUCGCUUGUGCAGCACCGUCUGUAA